GUCACUUGCGUCUUUCGGAUUGUGAUUGCUUUGCAGACUAAUUUAAGACGUACAUCUUCAUUUGGGAAGACUUCUAUCCAAGGCUGCGUACCAAUGUAGAAUAUUUACUGAAUAUGUAGAGAUGCUUGUGUCGGUUAAGCGCCACCCCUCGUGGGAGAAUACCUCGUUCUGAUCUGGUGUAUUGAUCAACCGAUAUCGUGCAGAUAUUUACGUCAGACUCCAAGAGUCAUCAUCGAUGAGACCAUCCCUAAAGCCAGCGCUUCUAGAUCACCAUGUCCCUGGAUUUCUCCAUGCAUGUCCAAUACUCCCACACAUGCGCUUCAAGAGCCACCGACAGAGCCGACUGAUAACGCGAUCACAAGUGAACAAAUCUCCGUCUCAGCUGGAGCAAGCAGCUAAGUCAUUGACAGGCCAAAAGCCAGACAGCGAUGGGAGGGUUGAGCAAGGGGACACAGGAAACGGCCCAGGACCCAACAAUGGGAGGUUUUUCUCCCUUGUGACAGGCUUCCCAUUUCCUCUGGGCCCUUUACUGUCCCGACAGACAAUCCGGAACGAGGUAGAGCCAGGUGUUAUCUGGACAUUUGAGCAAGAGCAGACGUUCGCAUUAACAAAUGUUGCAACAGUUGUGAGAAUGACAGUGAUCAAAUUGAGUUCUGGAGGGCUCUGGGUAUAUGCACCUAUUGCGCCAACCAGUGAGUGUUUGGGCUUGUUGCGUGAGCUGGAGGCCCCUGUUGAGUACAUUGUGCUGCCGUCGCAUGCAUACGAGCACAAAGUUUUUGUGCCAGCGUUUCAACGGAAGUUCCCCAGGGCACAAGUCUAUGUCUCUCCCGAGCAAUGGUCAUGGCCAAUCAAUUUUCCGCUGCCGCUUCUGGGCAUCUUUGGUGCAAAGACGCUGCAUAACGAUGCAACAGAUCUGCCAUGGGCUGAUGAGCUCGAGCAUGUCUCCCUUUCUGAGAGCAUCGGCAUCGCACCAUACAGCGAGACAGCUUUCUUCCACAAGGCAUCCCGGACGCUCUUGGUCACCGAUGCAGUGGUGUAUGUGUCUGAGGAUCCUCCGGAGGUGAUCAACAGAGCCAAAUUGCAGCGCGCGGGGAAGGACAACCUUUUUGUGCGUUUGUUGUACGGGAAGGAUGCACCAAGGAACCUGCAAAGCAUGGAGGAGCAAGAAAGACUGGGGUGGUGGCGAAUGUCUCUGCUGGUUCUGUACUUCUCGCCGGACCACCUGCGAGACCCCCAGAACUUUGCAGCGGUGGCCAACAAAGUCAUCUGCUCGCCGGUCACCCAAGUGCUGGUCUUCACCAAGAUCCCCAGGGCGACCAGGGAGUGGGUGGAACAAAUGGCUCAGUGGGACUUCAGGAGGAUAAUCUCUGCCCACUUCAAUUCACCCGUGGAGGCCACUCCUGCAGAUCUCAGGAAAGCUUUUCAGUUUGUGUAUCAAAUGGAGCCGGCGGACGAUGAGGACAGCAGGAGACCGCUGUUCAGCUCUUGGGUGGGAAAGCUCAGAGAAUUGCCAGAGAGCGCAAAGAUCAGCAGCGUGCGAUUCCCAGAGGCAGACCUGCGCGCCCUGCAGACCUUGGAUGCCCUUAUCAGGGCCACUGGUGCAGUUCUGAAGACACCCAAGUACUGA